UUUGAAAUUGUCGUGGAUUUCUAGUGAGUUUGGCAGAGCCGAAGCAGUGGUGCAACGGAUCAUAUUUUGUCAUGUGUUUUUGGGUGCCUGGCUCUGUCCAAUUGUACAUACUCAAAAAAGAGAAAACAGAAAAAAAAGGUUUUGGGUGAAUUUCUGGUCAUCGGUGAGAGAGGAGUGGUGCUUUCCACAAAGAGAGCUGCAAUGGCGGGAGGUGCAGAGAUUGCUGUCCCUUCUGUUGUUGUAUCGAAAGCUGCACUUGACAGGAACCAAGAAGCAGAUAAAGGUAAUCACCACAAGUCUGGUAUUGAUGCUUUGCUAAUUUCUCCCAACAUACCAAAAGUGGUGCAGCCCGCUUCUUCAGCAUCUGAAGGGGAGAACAUUAGGCGGCCUCGUGGUAGGCCUGCUGGAUCAAAGAACAAGCCUAAACCACCUAUAAUUGUCACCCGUGACAGUGCGAAUGCUCUUCGAGCUCAUGCUAUGGAGGUGAGCUCAGGUUGUGAUGUGUGUGAGAGUUUAGCCAACUUUGCAAGGAGAAAGCAAAGGGGAAUUUGCAUACUUAGUGGAAGUGGGGGUGUUACCAAUGUUACACUGAGGCAGCCAGCAUCAUCCGGAGCCAUUGUGACCCUCCAUGGCCGCUUUGAGAUUCUUUCACUGCUGGGAUCAGUCUUGCCCCCUCCUGCUCCACCUGGGAUUACAGGCCUGACCAUCUACUUAGCAGGGGCUCAGGGGCAGGUUGUGGGUGGGAGUGUGGUUGGUGCACUCAUUGCUUCAGGCCCUGUGGUGAUUAUGGCUGCAUCAUUCAUGAACGCUACGUUUGAUCGCCUACCAUUGGAUGACGAUGAAGUUGCUGCGACCCUGCAAAAUCAGCAUUACCAAAAUGGUCGUCACCACCACUUAGAUAUUUCGGAUUUAUAUGGGUUGCCACAGAACUUGCUCACAAGUGGUACUAUGGCACCUGAGGUAUACUCCUGGGCAUCUGGCCGAACCAUGUCCAAGACCUAGUUGGAUUUGGGAGUAAUCCGUGUCUGUCAUAUCUGGUCUUAGAUGUUCUUCAGAUGUCUCUGUUAUUUACCAAGUAAUAUAAAGCUUUCCAGGAAAUGGACUUGUAGCUCCUUUUACUGUACCUUUUAGAUCAUUAAUUGCUUUCCUCAAUCAUAUAUCUUUCUUUUUUUUU